AUCCCUUCGAAGUACAAGGCAUUUUAAAAUGUUUUUCAGAAAAGAGAAUGCCAUAAGGAAGUUGCAUGUUUCAGUGGCAAUUUACUCCUCCUCCGAUGAACUGUUGGUGCAGGGACGUAGUAGCAUCAAGCAACCCAGUGAUCCAGACCAGACUGCACGGACUUGUGGAGAGAGAGGGAGGGAGAUCGCCGAGCUGCCUCAGUUUCUGCAGAUUUGCCAGCAUUUGCCAGACCAAAGAAAGAUGCCUCUGGGUGAAGAUGGAAAUGGGUUGAAGAAGAAAACGUCAGAUAUUAAAGAGAUCUAUGACUUCAAAGAUGUCCUAGGAACGGGAGCAUUUUCUGAGGUCGUUCUGGCAGAGGAGAAGCAAACACAGAGGACAGUGGCCAUCAAGUGCAUCCCAAAGAAAGCCCUGGAAGGGAAGGAGAACAGCGUUGAGAAUGAAAUUACAGUCCUUCUCAGAGUAAACCACAACAACAUUGUGUCACUAGAGGACAUCUUCGAGAGCAAUUCCCAUUUGUAUCUCGUCAUGCAGCUAGUGUCUGGAGGGGAGCUUUUUGACAGGAUUGUGGAGAAAGGCUUUUACACAGAGAAAGAUGCUAGUAAACUGAUCCAGCAGAUCUUGGAUGCUGUCAGAUACCUCCAUGACAUGGGCAUCGUACACAGAGACUUGAAGCCAGAGAACCUGCUUUACUACAGCAUGGACGAUGACUCCAAAAUCAUGAUCAGUGACUUUGGACUAUCCAAGAUCGAGGCAUCGGAUGUCGUGAUGUCAACGGCUUGCGGCACUCCUGGAUAUGUAGCUCCUGAAGUUCUGGCUCAGAAGCCUUAUAACAAGGCUGUAGACUGCUGGUCCAUUGGGGUAAUCUCCUACAUUCUGUUAUGUGGCUACCCUCCAUUUUAUGACGAAAAUGAUGUCAAACUCUUCACGCAGAUUUUAAAAGCAGAGUAUGAAUUUGAUUCUCCAUAUUGGGAUGAUAUCUCAGAUUCAGCUAAAGAUUUCAUUUUCCACCUGAUGGAGAAAGAUCCCACAAAGAGAUUCACAUGUGAACAGGCCCUGCAGCAUCCAUGGAUCUCUGGGGACACAGCCCUGGACAGGAACAUCCACGAGUCUGUCAGCACUCAGAUGAGGAAAAACUUUGCCAAAAGCAAGUGGAAGCAAGCGUUCAACGCCACAGCAGCCAUCAGGCACAUGAAGAGACUUCAGCUGGGAAGCAGCCAGGAGAGCCCCGGCCAGGAGAGCCCCAGCCAGCAGAGCCCCGGCCAGCAGAGCCCCGGCCAGCAGAGCCCCAGCCAGACCUCACCCACCAGCCCCUGCCAUGACAGUGGUCUUGGGGAGGAUAGUUGUAAAUUCCACUAUUCCGGAACAGCCCCAUUCAACUAGCAGUGGUUGGCCAGCUAUACAGGUGGCUGCUACAAGAAUGCAGAGGCCAGUGCGGCUCAGUAGCUUGCAGACCUGUGGAUAAUGCUGCCCUCCAGCAGGAAGAGCUCAGACACAGCUGCAUCACUCCAACUGCUUUUUCAGUAAUGUCCAAAACCCUCCGCUGGAACUCCAUUUAUUCCAGAAGGAUCUACUAGGGAGGGGAGGCUGUGCAGGUUAAGGAAUCACUGAUAUUCAGAGAAUAAGACACAAGCUGAACAGUGUCACAGAUGGGAGAAUGUACAGGCCCAACAUACUAUUAGUCUACCCCCUCCAUGUAUAGAAAUGGGUUGGAUUUUUUGUUUAAAUAUCCCUCUCAGCCAAAAAUUUCACAGCACUCAGAUAAUCCUGUUUAUACGGUUUUUGCAGAGAUACUUCUGCUUCUGCGCUACAGAAGCAGAAGGUUAGAUACAUUCACGCUGAUCUUUUAUUCUAGCUGUCUCCCCUAGUCUAUCUUAAAAUGAGAUUAGAAUCCUGCAAAAUAUUAAUAACUAAAAUUAGCUAACACGGAACUAUUUUCUUUGCGUAUUUCUAUUUUUAUGGUUUGUUUUCAAUUCAAAUUAAGCAUAGUGGGGAUAUAUAUUCUCUGUGUGGAUUACAUUUAUUAACUUUUUUUGAAAUGGUACCAUGUAAUUCUAUAUCAAUCAUCAGUAUUGCUUAUGCUUUAUAUGAGGUAACUGAGCAGUGCUACAUAUCAGGUUGUAUAAUAAUUAGUAAACACCAUAUUUAUGCCCAACAUUCUAGGUACAGCUAUGAGGUCCUGGAAUUUUUCCCUGAUGGGAAAACGGGGAUAUUACUAAAGGGGUUUUUUUAUUGUCAUUAAACCAUAUGUCUCAUUUUCUUAAUUUAAGCAUCUCAAUAUUCUACUAAUCAUAGUUAUAUUUUAUGAUCCGAUAAAAUUCAGGAGGCAUAAGCGUGUUAAUAUAAGUUUAAGUGCCAUGUUGCUUAAAGAAUUAAAAAAAACGCUGGAACAUUU